AUGGCAUCGCCAGGCAGGAGUUGUCGCCAACUCGACUCGCCCCUGACGUGCCCACUGCCAUCCGUCGUUCCCCCUCUUCCUCCUCCUACUCCUCCUCCUCCUGCCGCUGUCCAGGCCGAGGCCAGCUCGGGCGCAGGUGCCCCACCUCCGCCAUCUCAAAAGAAACCAUCAUCCCUCAGCACAGCGCUUUUGCGUGACUAUGCUCUGCACAUAGAGCCUUCGCAGACACACCACGAGAUGCCUUUGCCGGAAUCUGUGUCACAGACAGCCGGUGAUCCAACGUGGUGUGCCCCGAAGAGCGCCCCCGCCGCUGAGGAGACCGCGGCGCUCCAGCUGGUACCCCCCAACGUUCGCCGUUUUCACCACAAAUCUCUCACGGGCCCUCGAUCGUUAUCCACAGAUUGCAUUCCCCGGCAAACAAUCAUGAAGGCGCUGGCGUCACGCCCGUGUCUGCCGGGUAACAACUCUAAUUCAGGCUUCACAAAUCCAUGGGCCAAUCUGAUCCCGAACGGCACCCCCGAAGCCGCCCCCUCCUCAUCGCCCCCAGAGGACAAAGAGCGCCGAGGCAGCAAUGCAUCUCCUCGGAAACUAUCAAACGCACUGUCAAACUUACAACUGACGGGGUAUCUGGAACGGUCGCCCUCGACCGCACGAUUGAUGCUGCAGACCCCUUGUUAUUUUCACCAGAGAUUCGACGACGCUGUGAACAUCAAAAAAGUGCUAGAGGAGAUUGCGGAUGAUGAGUGGUUAUCACACUCUCGCUUGGUGCAGACGGCCACGGGCGUCCGUGAGGUCUCCAAACAGUUGCAACGCCGGCCCAUCAGGCGCGCAGUACGGACGAUCAUGAUUGUGACCAAGGCCCGAGACAAUAGUCUGGUGUAUCUGACACGCCAAGUCGCCGAGUGGCUGCUCAUGACGCCGCGGUAUGGAAACGACCUCGGGGUCAACGUUUACGUCGAUGCCAAACUACGCAAUUCAAAACGGUUCGAUGCCGCGGGUCUCAUCCAGAAAGAGCCACGAUUGGCACAGAUGCUCCACUUUUGGACACCAGACUUGUGCUGGACCUCGCCAGAGAAGUUUGAUCUCGUCUUGACACUCGGCGGUGAUGGCACUGUUUUGUUUACCUCAUGGCUGUUCCAGCGCGUGGUGCCUCCAGUUUUGUGUUUCUCCCUCGGAAGCCUCGGAUUUUUGACCAAUUUCGAGUUCAAUGAAUACAAGUCUCAUCUCAAUGCGGUGAUGGGAGACGUCGGUAUGCGGGUCAACCUACGCAUGAGAUUUACGUGCACUGUCUUCCGGAAAGACCGCAGCAAAGGUGCUGAGGCGGAUGCUGUCGAGGAAGGGGAACAGUUCGAGGUCUUGAACGAGGUGGUCAUCGACCGAGGGCCGUCCCCGUACGUCUCAAAUCUGGAGCUCUACGCUGAUGGUGAGCUCUUGACCGUCGUGCAGGCUGACGGAUGCAUCUUUUCCACACCUACCGGCUCUACUGCAUAUUCCCUGUCCGCUGGCGGCUCUCUCAUGCACCCAUCCAUUCCCGGUAUUCUUCUCACGCCCAUCUGUCCUCACACGCUCUCCUUCCGACCCAUGGUCCUCUCCGACUCCCACCUCUUGCGCAUUGCUGUUCCUACUGCGUCGCGAUCCACCGCCUAUUGCUCCUUCGAUGGCAAAGGUCGUGUUGAGCUUCGACAAGGCGACUACGUCACUGUCGAGGCGAGCCAGUAUCCAUUCCCCACCGUGGUCUCCGACAGCGGCGAGUGGUUCACAAGCGUGCAACGAGCUCUCCGAUGGAACACCCGAGGUGCCGUGCAAAAAAGCUGGGACGGUGGAGACGGGGCCGACGCCGAAGAUGAAUGGGAUAUUGAUACCGAUGCUGGACUCACCGGUACAGACAGCGGUCUCGGCCCCAGCGAGGACGGAGACUCUGUGUCCCCGAAUCCUGGGCGGCGUCAGAUGAGCGCUGACUCUUGA